AUGUUGUAUAACAUUAUAAAAAUAGCUGUAUUAUUUUUGUCAUUAAAUAAUGUACUGGGAAUGUCAAGGGUUGAUCCCCUGGUCAAUACCAACCUAGGCCUUAUUCGUGGUUUGAGAGCGGCUGGUGGAGAUUACUCAAUGUUUUUGGGCAUACCAUACGCAUUCGUGGAUGAUGCAAAUCCAUUUGGGCCGUCUAUACCCGUCUCACAGUUUGAUGAUACAUUCGAAGCAUAUGACGACUCUGCAAGUUGUCCUCAAAUUGAAGAAUUUCAUAACUCCAUUGUCGGCACGCUUGACUGUCUUCAUUUAAACAUUUACGUGCCCAACUCAGCCAGCUCCCGCAAUCUCCUUCCAGUCCUGGUUUGGAUACACGGUGGGGGAUUUAUGUCUGGAUCUUCUGGAAGCUAUCUUUAUGGACCGAAAUAUUUAGUAAGACACGAUGUCAUUCUGGUUACGCUGAAUUAUCGCCUUGGACCAUACGGUUUUAUGUGCCUUAAUAAUACAGAAAUAUCAGGUAACCAAGGCCUAAAAGAUCAGGUAACUGCUCUAAGGUGGAUCAAUACUAACAUAGAAAGUUUCGGGGGAGAUUCGAGUAAAAUAACUAUAUUUGGCGAGAGUGCUGGUGGGGCAUCGGUUGAUUUGCAUUUAUUUUACAAUCGGGAAAAUUUAUUCCAAAAAGUUAUAAUGCAAAGCGGUACCAGUUUGAGUCCCUGGGUUAUACAAGAACCAGAUGACAACGCGCCCUUGAAACUAGCUGCAAAACUCGGCUUGACGACCACUGAUGUGAGCGAAGCAUUACAGUUUCUAGCAAAGGUCGAUACUAAUUUAGUAAUAGCAGCAACAUCAGCAUUAAAUUUAUUUUUCUCUCCUUGUAUUGAAUAUGAAUUUGACAAUGUUGAUAGUUUUAUGAUUGAGCAUCCAAUAAAUCUUAACAUUAAUAAAAACAUUCCAGUGCUCUUAGGUUAUAACAAUGAUGAACAAUUAGGUUUUUUAGUGACCCAGGAUCAGAGUUAUUUUGAAAAUAGUAAUAUGUUCUUUGACUUCUUAAAUAACCACUUUUCCUUUGAUAGCGCCAAACUAACAGAAAUGGAGGAAUUACUUCGUCAUUUUUAUAUUGGUGAUCAAACAGCAACCAUAGAACAACUGACUAAUUUAAUAGAUUUUAGUUCUGAUAUAAAUUUCGUUCAUCCUACCGAACGAACCAUUCAGAAAUAUAUGAAAGAAGGAGUGGGAACUAUAUAUCAUUACGUGUUCUCAUACAACGGCCAAAGGAACUUUGCAAAGAGAAGUAGUAACAUAACAGAAGGGGGUGCCUCACAUGCGGAUGAAAUCAGUUAUUUGUUUGACAUUUCGUUUUGGCAAGAAGAACCGACGUGUCACGAUCAAAUGAUAAUUAAUUUUAUGACAACAUUAUGGACCAAUUUUGCAAAACAUUCAAAUCCAACACCGCAAAAGAAUGAUCUUGUAUGGCUGCCAGUUACGGAAUCUACACUUUAUUACUUGGACAUUAACAAACACACCAGUUUGAAAACAAGGCCAUUCAACGAUAGAAUGGCAUUCUGGGACCUUUUCUACAAAUUAAACUUCAAAUUACAAAAAGAGUUUAAAGAAAUGCUUACAAAUAACUAAAUUCAAUAAUAUUAAUGUGUUGUCUUAAGUUUACAUGUACAUUAUAAAUAAAAUAGUAUUUAUUUACCUAAAUAAAUAUUUUAAAAAGUUUUAAGUACCCAUCUAACAUAAUCAUGACAUGACAUCACAUAGGUACUCGUGUCGUAAAUCAAGUCACAUAUCAGUGAUGCGUUUCAGAUCUAAAUGCCUAUUUAUCCUCACUUUUGAAUUCUAUAGUAUUCCCAUAUUCAGCGCAGCGCCUAUUUAGCGUGAAUCAAUAAAUUAUGUAAUAUGUUAUCUGUCAUGGGAAACAGGCGUGAUAAUGCUUAUAUAUGUAUUUAGUCUACAAACUUCAUCAUUACAAAAACUUUAUUUUUGUAGUUCUGAUACAAUGUACCUAGUACAGAUAACAUUUUAUUCCUAUGGUAUGUAUUUUACGUCAUAUCUACAUAAUUCAUUGACUAUUAGAAGGUUGUGAAUGUGUCUGCCAUUGUAAAUUGAAGUGUUUCAAUAUUUUUUACUACGUACCUACUUACAAAGA